AUGUCGUUCGGUGGCCGUGGAGGAGCAGCCGCUUUCGCUGCAGUAGGCGUUGGUGCGGCGCUCUGGUUCUCGCAAUCUUCUCUUAAAAGCCCGACAGCAAACCCGAUUGACACUCCAGCAUCACACAACGUUUCCGAUCGGAUGAGUGCCGGUGGAGGAAGGAACGAGUACACCCCAGGCUAUGCGACUCCCCGCCAGCCAGAGAAUGUCUCCUCGCCGCAUAUUGACGAGGGAAAGAAGGAUGAACAAGCAAGGGAUAAUCUCAAAUCGAAGCAUUAUGAGGUUCAUGAUCAGAAGAGAUGA